AUGGCUUCAGUGACUUCGUUGGACAAGGACUUGCGCAAUAUGCGCCUAUCCCGCUAUACCCCGCAGGCAGCCGCGGAGGUACGCGACUGGAUUGAGGAAGUGCUGCAUGAGAAACUGGCAUCGCCAGACUUGCUUGAAGGCCUGAAAGAUGGCGUUGCUCUUUGCAAGCUGGUAAACCUCGCUGUGUCACCGGGCGUGAAGUAUAAGCAGUUGUCCGCGCCAUUUGUACAGAUGGAGAACAUUUCGCAUUUCUUGCGCGCAUGCCAAUUGCCCCCGCUCAACCUUCCCCCACACGAUGUCUUCCUGACAGUUGAUCUCUACGAAGGAAAGGAUCCGGCGCAGGUUCUCCAAUGUCUGGCAGCGUUCAGUCGGCGGGCUAAUGCCCUUGCACCCAACAAAUUUCCCCGAACUGUCGGUCCACAGAGUAAGCGCGGUGUCAUCAGCCCAAAUGCGACGGGUUCAAGCAACGGAGCGUACUCACCUCGAUCGGCCCGCUCCUCUAGCAAUGUCGGGGAUGCAAGAGCCACCCUUCCCUCUCGAACAGAUAGCCCUGUGAAACCUGCCGGGUCAUAUACGAGCCAAGGGAAUCAAGGGAUUGCAUUUGGUGCUCGCCGACAGAUCACCACUCCUGCGCCUGCUGUGCCAAGUCUUGCAGAGAAAGAGAAGCGCAGGCGGGAAGAGGAUGAACGGAUUCGUCAACAGAACGCAGAGAGGGAAGAGGCAGAGCGGGCACACCAGCGUCAGAUUGCAGAAGAGGAGGCUCGUGCUAAGGCAGAAGAGGAGCGCCGAUGGGAAGAAGAGACUGCUCGUGUAAGGGAACAAGAACGUCUCAGGGUUGAAGAAGAAAAGAAGCGCUGGGAUGAUGAAAAACGCCAAUGGGAAGCGGACGAGCAGCGACGUAUGGCGGAAGAGAAGGAAGCCGAAGAGCGGUUUGAGCAGGAGCGACAACAGAGACGAAACGUGCAUGAUAUCCGUCUCAAUGGUCAGUUCCUAAGCCAGUACCAGACCUCCAACCCCCAGGUCGGUGAUGUCGCCGGAGCAAGUCCGGCCGAGGAAACAGCCCAAAGCCGCCGCAUCAAAGAGCUCGAACGUGAGCUACAGCAGGCAAAGGAGCGGGAGCGCCAGUAUCAGACCGAACGCCAGGAAGCCCAGUCUGGAAAGACUGGCGAUCAGCCUCAGACUCGCAGUCAAAGUCGCCCUCGUCCCGUUCCCCCCAAACCUAGCUACGAUCUCUCUUCCCUCGAACAAGAACGGCGACUCCUCCGUACAGAGUGGCAGAACACGCAGGACAUGCCCGCUACUUCUGAGGCAGAGGAACCCAACCCCACCGAGGAGCAAGCACCAGCACCGCCCGCUCGUCCCCUCCCAAUGCCAAAGCCAUCAUCUUUCUCUGCAACGCCAGCACUCCCUCCCAGGGACCUACCCGCCUCGCCUCGGCCCCUUCCAGACCCAGUAGCCUACAACGCCAACCGGGGCCACGAAAGUCGCGUUGAUAGUUUCCUCUCCUCGAACCCAGCACCCGCAUCCCCAGCCCCAGCCACCCACCGAUUCCAAGACUACACCUCGACCUCCGAAGUCGACGCGGAGAAUAGCCGCCGCGCAGCCUCACAGCAGAAGACCAAGGCCGGCGGCUGGGCGUCCAAGUCUCUUCUGGAACGGGAGAUGGAGCGCGAACGCGCGCGCCAGGAGGAGUGGGCUGAGAACCAGAAGCAGACGGCGGCUGCGGCCGAGCGUGGCAACAAAGAUAACUCGCAAGGCUCGGGACCCGGUCAGUCUUGGGAUGUUCAUCAGUAUGGCUAUAUGGGUGGUGAUAAUCAGAACCGUGGCGGUGUUGGCCUUGGUGUUGGCGGUGCUAGACGUCAGAUUAUUGGACCCCGGCCGCCGCGAUAA